AUGCAACUGGAUCUUUACACAGAUGCUAACCAAAGACAUACUGGUAGAUUUACCACUGUCAAUCAACUGACUAAUUUCGAUCCUUUACUGGUUGCGGUAAAAACAUGUAAGCUGGAUGCAUCAUUUGAAGAACGAAGACGAUUCUUAGAAGAAGCUUAUAUACUCGGUGAAUUUGACCAUCCACAUAUCAUAAAAUUAUUGGGUGUAUGCUCAGAUGAACCAAUAUGGCUCAUAAUGGAGUAUGCUGCAUUCGGCGAGCGUAUUCAUCCUCGUUUAUUCUAA